AUGUUGGUACCUCUCUAUGAUUCUCCAAUGAAAAUCUUUGAUACUCACUUAGCACAAACCCCUCGAAUUCUAUAUUCAGCAAAGAUCAACUUUGCUGAUCAAACAGAUGUAAACUAUCAUCUCCUAGGAAGCAUUCCUCUCGGCCACGAAGACCUCGGACUAUUUGGAAAGGGUCGUUUUGAAUCGAUCAACCCAAAGGUCAAGGAACAAAUAGAUAUGAUGGAAUUGGUUGAGCACAGAGAUACCAUCACACACGAGAAGAUAAUCACAAACAAUCCCAUCCUUUACGAGAAAAAGAACCUCACAUUCGAAGAAAAAAUAAACAGCAUGAAAGCAGAUAUUGAGAAGUCAAAAAGAGACUCAGAAGAGUCAAAAAGAGACUCACAAGAGUCAAAAAGAAACUCAGAAGAGUUGAGAAGAGACUUGAAUCUCUGUCUUCUGAAGACAGAGAGAUUGGAAACAGAGAAGGCGUCAAGAUAUGAGGGAGAGACAAUCAAUAUGAGAAAGAAACUGUGGAAGAUGGCGUGUAUCAUGGAGAGCACCAGGCAGAAGAUAUCUGUGCCAUCGUGGAUGGAAAACAUCAGAAAGAGACGAAAUCAAUCGGCACAUCUAACUGAUUUAGCAACAGUGAUGAAGCUAGCAGAUACAUAUCCCGACUAUUUUGACAUCCUUCUCGAUACGAUAUAUGGAGCGCCAAAAAGCGAAAUCAAACUGCUGAUUGGCGCGGACAAGACUGGCGAGAAUCAAGUUUAUAGGAUCUUGAAUGACCGUGGUUCGGCUUUCCACAACCAAUAUGCCAAUACUUGUAUAGAGCCUUUCAAUUUUUGGUUAUCAGCAGUACGCGGUCUUCAAAAUAUACAAUCAGCUACAGCGGACAAAUCAUCUUCUGAUCACGAAAGCUGCGUUCAAAAACACAAAGCGGAGGUCCAGAAAUUAAUUCGAGAAUGGGAUGCAGCUUUUGACGUGGAUAAGUUGAAGUGGGAUACCAACACUGAGAAAUGUAGAGAGCUGAUUUACUCGGACUACAGAGAUAGAGAUCUUCUUCCACGUAUGUGGAAAAGUUUUGGUGUCCAGGAGAAACAGUAG